AUGGAGUCCGUCACCGUCCGUCCAACCAUUCCCAGCAACAAAGAUUGUAAGCUUCACAUAGGCAUGUUUCCAUGGCUAGCCUUUGGUCACAUGAUCCCAUACCUCGAACUGGCCAAGCUGAUCGCCAGGAAAGGCCACCAAAUCUCAUUCAUUUCCACCCCAAGAAACAUCGACCGCCUCCCACCUCUCCCUCCAAAACUCUCCACACUAAUCACCUUUGUGAAGCUUCCUUUACCUGAGAACCCGAACCUUCCAGAAGGUGCCGAGGCCACCUCCGACUUACCGGAAGACCAGGUCGAGCAUCUUAAGAUAGCCUACGAUUCUCUCAAGGAACCGAUUACCCAAUUCCUCAAAUCUUCAAACCUGGAUUGGCUUCUCUACGAUUUUGCGCCUUAUUGGCUACCCGAAAUAACCCGAAAUCUUGAAAUCCCUACCGCAUUUUUCAGUAUUUUUCUCGCUUCAUGCAGCGUUUUCCUCGGGCCCACCUCGCCGGAAGUACCUUCUGACUAUCGUAAGUUGCCAGAGGAUUACCUUGUCUCUCCCAAAUGGGUCCCUUUCCGAGCCACUGUGGCGUUGCGGCUAUUCGAGGUUCUUCGGCUCUAUAAACGAAUAACCGGGGAUGAAACCAACGUUUCAGACGUAUAUCGUUUCAAAGAGACGACGCGAGGCUGCGACGUCAUUGCUGUGAGGAGCUGCGUGGAGUUCGAGCCGGGGUGGUUGAGCCUUCUAGGAGUUAUACAUGGAAAACCGGUCAUACCUGUUGGUCUGCUUUCGACUACACCUAACGACGAUGAGAAUGAUUCGUGGUGGUCAAUAAAGGACUGGUUAGACAAGCAGAGCAAAAACACGGUGGUGUAUGUGGCUUUUGGAACGGAGGCGAUGCCGAGUCAAGAAGAAGUGACGGAGAUAGCGCUAGGUUUGGAGAAGUCCGGUUUGCCAUUCUUUUGGGUGUUGAGAACCAAACACGGCGAGGAAGCGGUAAAGUUGCCGGAGGGUUUUGAAGAGAGAAAUGAAGGGCGGGGAGUGGUGUACAGGAGCUGGGUCCCUCAGCUGAAGAUAUUGGCGCACGACUCGUUCGGCGUGUUUCUGAGUCACGCUGGUUGGAGUUCGGUGGUGGAGGCUUUGACUUUUGCAAGGCCGUUGGUGUUGCUGCCCAUGUUGAAUGACCAGGGAUUGAAUGCGAGGCUUUUUGGGGAGAAGAAGGUCGGGUAUGAGUUGCCGAGGGACAAUGAAACGGGGUCGUUUACGAGUGAGGCGGUGGCGGAGUCGUUGAGGAUGGUGAUAGAGAAGGAGGAGGGGAGGGUUUACAGGGACAAGGCCAAGGAAUUGAAGCCGUUGUUUGGAGACAGGGAGAGGCAGAAUGUGUACGUGGACAAGUUCUUGGAGUACCUCACGAUCCACAAACGAUUUCAUUCUUCGUGA